AUGUCACCGCGCGUGCGUAACGGUCUUGUGGCAAGCGCGUUGGGAGAUCACUUUAUUCGAAUGUGUGAUAUACGUCAUAAAGUGGCAGUUUUGACCCUGAGUGGACACUAUAAAUCCGUCAUAGCAGUGCAAUGGUCACCGUUAUUUCAUAAUAUGUUGGCAUCUGCAGGAGAGGAUGGGACUGUUCGGAUAUGGGAUAUUCGCAAUCCAUUAAGAUGUCUAGUAUCUUUAGACUAUACAAAUAAAGGCUCACCCACAUCAGCGAGGAAUGUCGGCCACUCUGCUCCCGUCAACGGGUUGACUUUUACUCAUGAUGGCUUGCAUUUGCUCAGUACGGGUCAGGAUAAUACGCUACGUUUAUGGGAUGUCUAUCAAGGAAGAAAUGUCUUGGUUGAAUAUGACGGUGAACUGGUAAAUAAAGCCAGGCUAUGUGUUACUCUUGCUCUGACUAAGUCCGACAAGUGUAUUCCACCUCUAGUGUUUCACCCAACUAGUGAUGGUCGAAUACUAAUAUAUGACUUAUUCGACGGAACGCUGCACGAUAGUCUACAUGGACCAAUGUCUUCUAUAAAUUGUGUUAUUUGGAGGCAAUAUGAUCAGGAACUAUAUUCUGGCGAUGGUGAUAAACGAAUCCUGGUGUGGCGGUCGAAAGCAGAAGAGCAAGAGAAUGAGGAUGUAUGCGUAGAGAUGAACGAACAAGACACGUGGAGUGAUUACGAGUGA